CAGAGCCGACACGCAACUGCCAGUGAGCCUGCAUUUUUGCAGCGAGACCACCAACGAAAGAAGGCAGAGAAACCCCCAAUGUCAAGAUGGGGUGGCAGCUGGGGAGGCCGCGCUAAGUUCCUCUCGCAAUUCUCGCACUACCUCUUUCGCUAUGCGACCUGGAUCCCACCCCUGAUCUGGUUCAACACUUAUGUCGCUGAGGUCACCUUCAUCCGCGGGCAGUCCAUGUACCCCUUUCUGAACCCACACUAUCACGAGUCCCUGCGCAAGGAUCUCUGUCUGGUAUGGAAACUGUAUGCACAUGAAGGUCUGAAGAGGGGUAUGGUUGUUACGUUUAGUAGAAAUCCGGAUGAUCCCAACAAGAUAGCCGUCAAGAGGAUUGUCGGUCUGGAGGGUGAUGUUGUGCGCACCAAGCCGCCAUAUCCGUACGAUCACGUCUGUGUUCCUGAAGGGCAUGUCUGGGUAGAGGGAGAUGGGGUCUUGAGCCGGGACAGUAACUAUUACGGGCCCAUCUCUGUGCGGCUUAUCACUGGGAGGAUCACUCAUAUCCUGUCGCCCUGGGAAAGGGCUGGCAGAGUGAGGUGGUGGGAGCACCCGCUCAGGGGGGGUGUUAAUCGGGCAGCCUAG